UCAGACCGGGAGCACAUUCGCGUAGGAUGAGGACAGAAACCUGCAGAUGUACGAAGGGACAUUUUAAGACCAGCUGCUUGGAACUAAGGCUGAUCAGACGGAGAUGAGCAGGCUCAGUUUGCUGGGAAACAUGCGUCGAGGAGGCUCGGACACCAACCUGAACCUUACGGUGACCGAUGGCUUGCUGGACUUCCAACGGGACCGGCAGACAGUUGAACAGCUGAAACAGAAGAUUCUGAAACUCACUGAGCAGUUGCGGAUCGAGCAGGAGGUCCGGGACGAGAACGUGGCUGAGUACCUCAAACUGGUGAACAAUGCCGACAAGCAGCAGGCACGACGUAUCAAGCAGGUCUUUGAGAAGAAGAACCAGAAAUCCGCCCAGGCUAUUGCUGGGCUGCAGAAGAAGUUUGACCAUUACCACCGCAAGCUCAGGGACGUGGAGCAGAAUGGCUCACGCAAUUCCAAGGAGCAACUCCCAGACUUACAAAAUAACAUGAGGGAGGUGGGCAAUGCCAGGCAAGGGGCCGCAGGGGGACCUGGCAUGGAAAGCAGGAAGAGCCUUCCAGGCGUCACCCUGACCCCCCCAUCUUCCGUCUUCAACAAGCCGCGCGAGAUCGCCAUCCUGAUCCGCAACAAGUUUGGCAGCGCGGACAACAUUGCCCACAUGAAGAGCUCCAUGGAUGACUUCCAGCAGGACUCUGGGCCCAGGACCUUCAGCAGGAGUGCUAUGCUGAUGUCCAAACCCAAGUACCUGAGUGACGAUGAGUGCUCCAGUGGCAGUGACUUUGCAGACAGCAACGGCAACUCCGAUUUUGGGGUCACCACCAGCCCAAAGUCCAACUCACUGGAGAGAGAGACAGACAAGUUGGCCGCCAUCUUGGACGAGCUCCGGGAAAUGAAGGAAACGCAGUCGCAGUUGUCACAGGACAUCGAGAAGUUAAAAAUUCAGUUCAGCAGCGACUUUAGCCUUAUGACCCAAACAUUACAAGAGGAACACUACAGGUCAGCCCGUCUGGAAGAUCAGUUAAAUGAUCUCACAGAACUCCAUCAGCACGAGACCAUUGAUCUAAAACAGGAGCUGGCCAGCAUUGAGGAAAAGGUGGCCUAUCAAUCCUACGAGCGAGCCCGUGACAUGCAGGAAGCCUUGGAAUCGUGCCAGACACGACUUGCCACCUUGGAGUUACAUCAACAGCAGCAGCAAGUGGUACAGAUUGAAAACGCCAACGCCAAGGUUCUGCUGGGAAAAUGUAUCAACAUCUUUCUGGCCAUCAUGACUGUCAUCCUCGUUUGCAUCUCCACCAUUGCCAAGUUCAGUAUCCCCCUGAUGAGGAGCCGUUUACAUGUUGCUUGUACAAUCUCUGCUGUCAUAGUCGCUUUCAUUGUUUGGAAAAAAUGGGAUCAGUUUCAGAGUCUCACAGACCAUAUUUUAUGAAUUUACCGUGAAAUGGCAAUACUCAUCAUGAAUUAUUUUAAUUAUUAAAAUAAAACUUUUAAACAAUGAAAUAUACAGGACAGAAAACAUUUUGUACUAUUACCUCGAUAUUAGGGUAGAAACACAACCUUUCUCACACAGCACUUUACUCGAUAUGACCAUUGAUAAUUUGAGACAAGAUCAGCUUCAACUUCUGUUGCUAUCAAAGGUCCUCAUUAUGUGUUAGCCUUUGACCAUGUGCUGUGUGCAAAUUCUGACAUUUGAACUGAUACUUCGGAUAAAAGAGAGACCAGUCACGAUCUGGACGGGUCAGUGGUUUCUGACCACUCGCUACUUUAUGGACCAGUUGAUGAAAUGACAUGUGGGAUGAUAAAUGUUGCGGUUUGCUUUAUUGGGAUGUUGACACCUGAUGUCUUCCUGAGCCGCUUUGCUGAAAGGAACUAGGUGAAGGUGAAUCUGUGGAAGAGGAGGCAAAGGCUGGCUUGUGCCAGCCACGAGUGUAAUUCAACAUUUCACUAACCUCACAUGUUUCUGUUGACCAGGACAUGGUGAACUAUUUGUCAAAACCGUCCUGCAAAGUGGAUAUUUGUGCUUUAGGACUGAGGCAAAAUGUAUUUAAUCCAUAAUUAUGCUCUAACCUGCCUCACAAGGAGAAAGUAAAUGAAUGAAUUCAUUCUGUGAGGUGGGUGGAGGGUUGUCAGAUCUAAAUACACUUGUCUUAAAGAGGACUCUUUUAAAUACACUGUGGAAUAGUCAUUUUUAGAUACCUUAUAACAAGGCAUAUUUAUCAAUUUUCUUUUCACAGGUUAUCACUCAGGUUGUCUCAUUUCUUCUUAUGUAUUCACUGACAAAAUGCACUCACCUGCAUCUAGAACUCUAGGAUCAGGAUUGUUAACUUGUUUAAAUAUAAACAUCUGUAACAGCAGUAAAAUUAGAUGGCAUUGGAACACGAAAGGCUUUGACUUUGUCCUAUUAAUGAAGACUCCUUUUUAUUUUGAAGGGGUUCACCACCAAUUAGGGCAAUUAGGGAUGAGCAGUGAGUGCUGGACUAGUACAAUGACACCCAUGUAUCAUGAAUGAAUAAAAAAAAUUACGAAGCAUUGUCCCUAGGAGGGGCCCAGCAGCCAAGUUGAAUAAAGCUGUACUGCUGUAUCUCUGACCAUCCCAGUCACACCAAGUGCUUGACUGCACAAAACGAUUCGUUCAUCUUAAUGAUUAUAACGAAAUACAUUCAUGAAUUACUGUCUUAUAUGCUGAAUAAAUUAAAUCCAUUGAAGGUUCACAGACUAAGGAUUCAAAAUUAAGAGUUUUUUUUUGAAUAAUAUAUCUGAAGGCACUUUUUGUUUCUAACUGAAUUUGAGGGCCACAGAAGAUGUGUUCAUAAUACAGUAAUUUAAUUAAUUAUCAAUGCAGAAAUGUCAGUAGAAUCCCCACAAUGUGGAAGCAGGCCAUUUGGCCCAUCAAGUUAACACUGCCCCUCCAAAGAACAUCCCACCCAGAUUCACGACUGUAA